GAGUUCAAAGAGUUCAUUCCAAUGGAUUGCCGCUUUGCUGGUUCAAAUUAUAUGACAAAAGCAAGAAAACUGAUCAAGAAAAGCUCCGCUAUUCUCCGCUCUCCAGAAACCAUCAGCCUGAAUGCUCACACCUUUUACAUCUACCUUGCCGAAAACUUCAAAGACGACCUUGCUUUGUCGUUGGGAAAUGUCUACGAAAGAAUUAAGAGUGAUCUUAACGAGGAUCUGUCAAAACGCACUCAAGAUAUUCUUUCUUUCAUACCCAGCACUGUCCCUCACCUUGUAGAGAUCUGUGACCAGCUGCAUAAAAGAGGUCUCCUUUUAUUUCUCCGCAAAGACAGCUCUCCAGAGAAAUCUUUCUUAGUGAUUGACCAAGUAACACUUCUGUUCACAGUCACUGGGACUGUGUUUGCUCCUGAAAGUUUCCGCCAGCACUGCAAGCUAGCUUCAAGCACUGGAGUAGUGCCUUUGUCGAAAUUCAGCAAAGAAUUUGAUGGCUUCAACAUCGAAAUGCUGAUUGCCUACAUGUCACAUUUAGAGCUGUGCUUCAAAAUUAUGGACAUGCAAGCCUUGGAUUUCAUUUCGAAGGAGAUUGCUUCUUCCACUGACAAAGAUGCUUCUGUUCCUGAGUCUGACAGAUACCUCUUCUUUCCUGGGCUCAUUUGAAUCGAAACUCCAGAGCAAAGAUGGGAAGUAACUGAACACAUCAAGUACCAUUUUGGUUGGAUACUCCAAACCUCUCAAAAAACUGAGUUUUUCGAUCCUCGCUGCCUUCAGGUCCUCAUUCUGAGGAUAGUGUUCACGUUCCGACUUGCCCCUGCCCUAAGAGUACAGCAUGAUGUCCCUUCCCUGCAAAGAUUCUGCUCUGUGUGGAAAAGUGGAAUAUACUGGUGCAAUGAUGAUGGAAUCACCUCACACCUCGAACUUGCUGAAAAUGGUCAAUCUCUUGUUCUCAAAAUGCCCUCUGACACAGUUCGACCUGAAGGUCUGAGAAUUAUGAGCAAAAUCCGUGAGACUGUUGAAUGUUUUGGCCGCAAUGUGAAUGUAAUUGAAACAGUGAUUGAUCCAAAUUAAGUUGUCAAGCAUCUAUUGAAAAAUUCCUCUGACCUCUCUCUGAUCAACAUCAAAGAUAUUGCAGCAGCUGUCUCCUCCAACAGAGGCACAAUUAAAUCAACACAACAAGUUGCCUUUACCUUCAGGCACCUCUUACACUUUGAGCCGUACGCUGGCCUGGAUCAAACCACCAUACAGUGUAUCCACAGUGACAAGAAUGCCAAGAAAAAUGAGAAAAUCUCCAGAGAUUUCAUUUCAUAUUUUGCUAGCCAAAUUUCCGACCCUGACAGUGAAGAUCAUAAUUAAGUAGUUCGAAACAGUCGCAUGUACAGAAGAAUCCUGAGCCAUCCCAUUGUUAAAAUUCAUUCGGUCAGUCCCAGACAGGAGGUGGUCCAGGCCCUUGAAACGUGGAGGAGUGAGACUGAGGGAACUUACAGCUGUCUGAGUGAGACUCUCAACAAGUACAGCGUCUUCACUGGGAGAAACCCUCUGGACCUAGCUGGUGUGGCUCAUGAUGAUAUUGAUCCCUCUGUGUUUAGUAUCCGUGGUGAUGAGCAAAUGGAUCCAGGGACUACCAGCCUCCAUGAGUUGAUGGUCAAGCAUGGAGUCACUGACGAGCAGUUGGAUCGAGAGAUUGUACAAGACGACCUUGCUCCAGUAGCUAUGCACUUUAAUGAUGUGGAGCUCUACCUCAACCCACUGAAGCUGACUGACAAUGAACAAGCUGACGUGAGGCGAGAGACUUAUUUAAGUAGAAGCAAUCAAGUGGCAGUGAUCAACAGUUUGUCAAUCUGGAGAAGUCACGAACCCAGCGAAGCAACCUUUAGAGCACUGAUUAGUAUCUUAUUGGAUAUGGGGAAGGAAGAGAUAGUUACCAAGAUCUGCCAGUACUUGAAAAGGUAGUGUAUAGUAUGUUCGCAGUUAAAUGCACAGAACACUUAAUCUAGGGUGGUUCUCUCCAAUUUGAAAGUUCAGCAGCAGCUCAGUUCUAGAACAAAUUAACUUGAAGAAAAUCUAG